ACCACCACCACAGCAACAACAACAACCACUACUACUGCUACUACUCGUGUUGAGCUGUACAUCGGUCGGCACUUCGACACCUCGGUGCUGCUCCUGGUCGGAACCGUCGAGGGACGCAGCAUCCCGCGAGCACAAACGCCUCUUCGACCAUCUGUCCUCGGUUGCUUCGCCUGCAUGCCCUCGCUGGUUGGCGGCUGGCCAUGAAGAUGACGGGGGAUGCGCCAUCGCAGAACGUCCAUUUCCGCACAGCCUGCGAUCCGUGCUCUACAGCCAAAGUCCGGUGCGACAAGACGCACCCGUCCUGCAAUCGGUGCCUGCAGAUCAAGGCGCCGUGUUCCUACAGCAAGUCGCGCAAGCACGGCAAGCAGUCGUGGCGAAAGAAGCCCGCCUACGACCAGGCCAAGGCCGGCGCCAGCACCGCACCCGAGGACCGGCCCUUAGUGACGGCCAAGACCAUUGCAUCGGCUACGACGUCGCCCGGCCACACCGGCUGGAGCCCCUUGCCGUCGGGGUCGAUGGCCGCGCCAUCGCUGGAGGUGCCGAACGGCCAGUAUGCAUUCCCCCAUAACACUGCGCUCCUCUCCUGGGCCUUUGGCGACGGCCUUAGUGGCGACAUGGAUGUCGAUGCCUUUGCGAGCUGGGAUGUCGCCGACUUGUCGUCGUCCGCCCUGCAAGGCACCGACGGCCUCUCCGUGCCGGGCCUGACUCACAGCGAGGCCUCCCCCGGGACGUCGGGGUCCGCCGAGGUGCCAUCGCCCGAGUUCAACCCCGCUAAUAGCACGCACGACUGUGAGGCCCGCGCCAUCUCUAUCCUACGCUCCAUGCAGCACGGCCAAUUGCAACAAGGGGCGACGUCAUGCUCCUCCGAUCCGACACGCUAUGCGGAUCUCAAUCUCACACCGCGCUUCGAUCACGUGCUGGCUACGAACAAGGCUGCCCUCAACGGCUGGAGUAGGCUCAUGGAGUGCACGUGCGCACAGUGUCCUCAUUUGAUUCUGCUCUACGUGUCGAUACUCUCCAAGAUGCUAUUCUGGUACCGUAUAGCGGCGUCGGAGAAGACUCCGUUCCUCGAAGACGGGGGAGCGGGCGAUAACGACCCGACCGGCGGUAGCAACGCGACCAACACUUCCUCCCCGCAGGACCCGCCGACCGUAGAUCAAUUCGGCGUCCAGCCCACAGUGAUACAGGUCGGGAUGCUCCCCUUGGACGCCGAGGACCAGGCCAGCCUGCGUCGCGUCCUCCUCCUUCGCGAGCUGCGCAGGACGGAGAGGGCCAUCGACGAGCUCAUGACCGUCGACCGCACCGGCGUGGACGAGCACGCGGACGAGUUCGUGCGGCGCGCCGUGCAGUGGUCUCUCAGCGGUAUCUCGCGUAUUCGGGAGGAGCUGCAGGACUUGAUCCAGAAAGUCGUGCAAAUUCGGUAGCGCGAUGGCCCCCAGAGCGGAGAGGAAAACGCGACGCCGUUGUUGCUGACGAGGCAACGGCGUUACACAGACACAGACACAGACACAGACACACG